UCAAUCCCAUAAAAAUAAAUCCAAACGAGGCGUGAAUGGAUUACAAAUAUCAUAUUCCAAUAAUCAAAUUCCAAAGAUUGUAUGACCACAUUUAAAGCAUUUAAAAGCCAUUCAACUCACCAAAUAAGGCAUCAAAAAGUUAUGCAAAUAACAGAAUUACGUAUGACCAAAAUACUUUCAUAAUCUUCUUUAUUACAUUUCUGUUUUAGCAAGAAAGAUUACAUGAAAUUAGUCAAACAAAAAUAAAGGGUUGCCAAAACAUAUUUCUUUUUGCAGUUUUUGUCACACAGAAUCACAAAGCAUUCUCACCUUUCCUUAUUAUAUAAUGACAUCAAAUUUCAACACAUGAGAAAAAAACAUCACCACCAAUUCUUCAAUGUCUUCUUCUUCUUCAAAAAUGUUGUUGCUUCUGUUGUUUUUCUUCACCUUCAACUCUUAUUACUCGUUCGCUUCGUCGGAUUACGACACUUUUGUCCAGUGCCUAUCGAGCAACCAUAACACCAAGAAUCAAAUCCCGAAUAUAGUUUACGGACCUAAUAAUUCCUCGUUCACCUCCGUUUUGCAAGAUUACAUAAGAAACCCCCGUUUCAACACCCCCGCCACGAGAAAACCCUCACUAAUCGUUACCCCGUUGCAAGAAUCCCAUGUCCAAGCAGCCAUACUAUGUUCCAAAAAAAUCGGAAUCGAACUCAAAAUCCGAAGUGGCGGCCAUGAUUACGAAGGUAUAUCUUACGUGUCUGAAGUACCCUUUAUAAUUCUUGACAUGUUCAAUCUCAGGUCUGUAUCCGUCGAUAUCAAGAGCGAAACCGCAUGGGUACAGUCAGGUGCGACACUUGGCGAGCUGUACUAUAAUAUUUGGCAGAAUAGCAAAGUCCACGGAUUUCCGGCAGGGGUGGGUCCCACUGUAGGUGUCGGUGGUCACAUAAGUGGGGGCGGUUAUGGAAAUAUGUUGCGUAAAUUUGGUCUGUCUGUUGACCAUGUGAUCGAUGCUCGGAUAGUCGAUGCCAACGGUAGAAUGUUGGAUAGGAAAUCGAUGGGUGAGGAUCUUUUCUGGGCGAUUAAAGGCGGUGGUGGUGCUAGUUUUGGGGUUGUGUUGGCUUACAAAAUUCAGCUAGUCCCCGUUCCACCUGUCGUGACGGUUUUUCGUGUUGCGAAAACCUUGGAAGAGAAUGUCACCGAUAUUUUUUACCGUUGGCAAUUUGUUGCGAACAAAAUCGACGACAAUCUCUUCAUAAGGCUUCUUGUGCAACCAACUUCUCUAACUAAAAAGAAACCUAAUUUGGAUAUGAAAAAGAAAAAGAAACCUAAUUCAGGAAAGGCACCUGGACAGAAAACUGUGAGGGUUACUUUUAUUGCACAAUAUUUAGGUAAUGCUAAUGAAUUAUUGUCUGUAAUGAAAUCCCAAUUCCCUGAACUGGGAUUGACUCAACAAGACUGCAUCGAAACGAGCUGGAUUCAAUCGGUGCUGUACUGGGCAAACUACAACAACGGUACAUCAGAAAAGGUACUACUCGAUCGGAAAUCUGAUUCCGAGAACUUCUUUAAGAGGAAAUCUGAUUAUUUGAAAACUCCGAUUCCGAAAGAUGGAUUGGAAGGGCUAUGGAAGAAUAUUAUCGAGUUGGGGAAAGCGGGGAUGGUUUUCAACGCCUACGGUGGUCAAAUGAGCAGAAUUGGAGAAUCGGAAACACCGUUUCCGCAUAGAAACGGAAAUAUAUUCAAGAUACAGUAUUUCGCAAACUGGAAAGAGCAAGGGGCGGAAGCGGAAAAGAAAUAUAUCGAGCAGACGAGGACCCUUUACAGUUACAUGACUCCUUACGUGUCGAAGAAUCCGAGGGAAUCUUAUCUCAACUACAGGGAUCUUGAUAUUGGAACUACGAGCAAUGGGAAGAACACUUACGAUGAAGGGAAGGUGUACGGGGAGAAGUAUUUUAAGGGUAAUUUCGACAGAUUGGUGAAGGUGAAAACUGCGGUCGAUCCGGAUAAUUUCUUUAGGAAUGAACAGAGUAUUCCACCUCUGUUGCAUUAAUAAGGGAUUGGAUAUCAUUCACAUAUUAAAG